UUUCUCCUGCAGACCCUAAGGCCCCGGAUGUGUACGACUUCUUCCUCCAGUGGAUUGGCAGAGCAGAGGCUCUGGACAUUGUGUCAGAGUGAGAAACAGCUUUCUGGAGGAGAUGGCACUUGAGGUGAUCCCAGGAGAUUUUAUUGGUGGUGCUAACUAGGACAAGGGCCUGAGGAAAGGAGUGGUGGGAAAGGCUUGCUGGUCCUCCACGGGCCCAAGUGGUAUCAGCACCGCAAGCUGCUCACUCCUGGCUUCCACUAUGAUGUGCUGAAGCCCUAUGUGGCCCUGUUCGCUGAGUCCACACACGUCAUGCUGCAGGAUGGAAGCCACCCCAGAGACGAGGGGUGCAGACGAGGGAGGGAGGACAGGCUGUGGGUCCUCUCCCCAUGCACCCAGCCCAGCUGCCCCACCCCCCAUAUUACCUUCCAUCUCUGGGCUCCAGGACAAGUGGGAAGAAAAGGCUCUCAAGAAUAAGAGCUUUGACAUCUUCAGCGAUGUGGGCCACAUGGCGCUGGACUCACUCAUGAAGUGCACCUUUGGCAAAGGGAACAUCGGCCUGAGCCACAGUGACAAUAGAUAUUACCUGGCGGUGAGCGAUCUCACUCUGCUGAUGCAGCAGCGCAUCGAUUCCUUCCAGUACCAUAACGACUUCAUCUACUGGCUCACCCCGCACGGCCGCAGGUUCCUGCGGGCCUGCCAGGUGGCUCACGACCACACAGACCAGGUCAUCAGGGAACGGAAGGCAGCCCUGCAGGAUGAGAAAGAGUGGAAGAAGAUACAGAACCGGAGGCACCUGGACUUCCUGGACAUCCUCCUGGGGGCUCGGGAUGAAGAUGGGAUCAAACUGUCAGAUGCAGACCUCCGGGCCGAGGUGGACACAUUCAUGUUUGAAGGCCAUGACACCACCACCAGUGGCAUCUCCUGGAUUCUCUACUGCAUGGCUCGGUACCCCGACCACCAGCAUCGUUGUCGGGAGGAGAUCCGUGAGAUUCUUGGGGACCGAGACUCCAUCCAGUGGGAUGAUCUGGGGAAGAUGACAUACCUGACCAUGUUCAUGAAGGAGACCUUCCGCCUCUACCCGCCUGUGCCGCAGGUGUACCGUCAGCUCAGCAAGCCUGUCAACUUUGUGGAUGGCCGCUCUCUCCCCGCAGGCAGCCUGAUCUCUCUGCACAUCUAUGCCCUCCAUAGGAACAGUACAGUGUGGCCCGACCCUGAGGUCUUCGACCCCCUGCGCUUUUCUCCUGAGAAUAUAGCUGGACGCCACCCCUUUGCCUUCAUUCCCUUCUCUGCUGGGCCCAGGAACUGCAUUGGGCAGCAAUUUGCCAUGAACGAGAUGAAGGUGGUCACGGCCCUCUGCUUGCUCCGUUUUGAAUUUGCCCUGGACCCCUCAAAGGUGCCCAUCAAGCUGCCCCAGCUAGUCCUGCGUUCCAAGAAUGGUAUUUACCUCCACCUGAAGCCGCUGCGCCCGGGCUCUGGGAAGUAGCUCUGCAGAGAGUAGGGCCCCAGACUGCCCAGGCUGGAACUUCUCCCUGGGCCCUACCCUCUCCAAGCUGGGUUGUAGAGUAACUGUGCUCCCCUGUCUUCCCCAGGCUUGCAGAUUAGUAGGGGAGUGCCAUGAAAACAUGUGUGUCUGUACAUGCUUAUUAUGCAUAUAUUCCAGAGCUCACUCAUUCAUUCAUUCAACAAACAUAUGGUGAAUACC